ACGUAUUUCGGUUAAUUUUGCUUCUUCUUUUUUUUUUUUUGAAAAUUCGACUUAAUUGCGAUUUAUUAUCAAAAAAUCUCUGAUUUUGUUCCACAGCCGAAGUCAUAAACCCAAACUUCUCUGGUUUUGAGUAGAAAACAAGCAUUUUGGAACAUGAAUUUCAACAAUGUCAAAGUUCCCAAGUUGCCUGCUGGUACUUCUCUGUUGCUCAAGCUUGGAACUAUUGGUGGGCUUGGUUUGUAUGCAGCUGCUAAUAGUCUCUAUAAUGUUGAAGGAGGGCAUCGAGCCAUCGUGUUCAAUCGCAUUGUCGGUGUGAAAGACAAGGUUUAUCCUGAGGGCACGCAUCUUAUAAUUCCAUGGUUUGAGAGGCCAGUCAUCUAUGAUGUUCGUGCAAGACCCAAUCUGGUGGAGUGUACUGCUGGAAGCCGUGAUCUUCAGAUGGUGAAAAUUGGGCUUCGAGUUCUUACUCGUCCUGUUGCAGACAAGCUACCUUCUGUCUAUAGAAGUCUUGGCGAGAACUACAAUGAAAGAGUUCUUCCUUCCAUCAUUCAUGAAACUCUGAAAGCUGUGGUGGCACAGUAUAAUGCCAGCCAGCUAAUUACUCAAAGGGAGAAUGUUAGUGGGGAGAUACGGAAGAUACUGACAGAAAGGGCAGCUCAAUUCAACAUUGCACUGGAUGAUGUUUCCAUUACUGGCUUAACGUUUGGGAAGGAAUUUACGGCGGCAAUUGAAGCGAAGCAGGUGGCUGCACAAGAAGCCGAGAGGGCUAAAUUCGUUGUGGAAAAGGCUGAACAAGACAAGAGAAGUGCUGUUAUUAGAGCAGAGGGUGAAGCAAAGAGUGCUCAGCUGAUCGGUCAAGCCAUAGCCAACAACCCAGCAUUUAUCACACUAAGGAGGAUUGAGGCGGCAAGAGAAAUUGCCCGCACCCUCUCAAAUGCAGCUAACAAGGUUUUCCUGAAUUCAAAUGAUUUACUGCUGAACCUCCAUGAUGGGAAUUUGCAUGCCAAGAAGAUAUAGUUAUGUUGCCUUGAACGAGUUAUUUACUUUCCCUUAUCCAUGCUGUUAGCUUGAAAACAUCUGGCUCAAUGGUGAGAAUAAUUUUUUAUAUAAAUUUUUAUGCAUGGACA